AUGUCCGACUCCCCCGGUGCGUGGUACGCAUCUUUACCACCGAUAUCAAAGUUUUGGUUCACCGCGUGCGGGGGGUGCACGGUCGGUUACCACUGCUCGCUGAUCGACCCGCGAGCGUUGAUGCUGUCGUGGACGAUCGUUCGAAGAAAGUUUCAACCGUGGCGAGUGGUGACGAAUUUCUUCUUUCUCGGUAAAUUCUCACUCGGGUUCGCGAUGCGCAUGGUCAUGAUCGCGCAGUACGCCGUAUCGUUGGAGAAGCAAUCGUUCACGGGCGCGAGCGCGACGGCGGAUUUCUUGACGUUUCUGUUAUUCGGCGUCGCCCUCUUGACGCCGCUCGAAUUGGUCGUUCCGUCGCUCGCGCAGGCGUUUUACGGCGAUAGUUUAAUUUUCAUGUGUCUGUACUUGUGGAGCAGAGAGAAUCCGAGGGCAAGGGUGUCGUUGAUGGGAGUCGUACGCGUGGGGGCGUUUUACUUUCCUUGGGCCAUGCUCGCGAUGACGGUGCUCAUGGGAGGUGACCCCGUUCCAGACUUUUUAGGAAUCGUCGCCGGACACACGUAUUACUUCUUCACUCGAUUAUAUCCGCUGCGUUACGGGUGUAGGUCGUUCAUCCGCACCCCCAAGUUCGUGCGGGCCAUCGCGGAUUACGUCAACGCGCGAAAUGGAGUGGCUAACGCCGCGUCGAACGCCGUGACGCCCCCUCGCGCGCGCUACUUUUACGGCCGAGGCAAUCGCUUAGGAGGAGACUAG